UAGCUUGACACCUGUGUAAAGGCGAUGCAGGGGACUCACAGGCCGCCAGUAAAGACUCUGCAUUUCAAGGAAUACAGCCUGCUAGACAUAAUGGUUGGAAAGAAUUGCAUAAAACAGAUGUUGAAUAAAGAAAACACACGCUUUACGGACCGGACCGCGUGUGUUUGGAGUCACCCGGCUCAAAUAUCUGCUUCCUCAUCACCAGUCUCUGGACAUCGGUAGCCGACUUGCCCGGCUUGCUAGCCAGCAGUCCUUCCCAAAAGUCUGCGCUCCAGAAUCAAGGAUCUCGUCUGUUUUUAGUUUUUUUAAAUAGCGUCACGAAAGCCAGGAAGCAUCAAACGGAGCUGACUCGAGCAUAUGACGCCCGUUUUCUUUCAUUAAAGUAAAUGCAUGACCCGCUAGUCCUCAAAUCUGACCGCUAGGUCCACGCUAGCAUCCUCUGGAGUCGGAUGGACGCGCGGCGCACGCACAGCAUCCUCGCCGGUGACUCGUUCAAGCCCGUGCUUUCUGCUGCUGCUGCACCGGAAUGCUAACUAACGAGGAAGUGGCUUUAACAUGACGAGGAACGUUUUGCAUCUCAACCGCUCACGGCUGUCCGGUGCCACACAGACAUUUAUCCGAUGCCACAUGUAAUGACCGUCCCGGGCUCGCGCCAUGUACGUGGCUGGCCGUGUCUGUCUCCAGCCUCGCGGAUGACACUCGCACAGGUACCGGCGGUCGAGAGCAAACAGCGGCGGCGCUGAUCACACCGUCGCCGGGUAUAGUGCUGAGAGACUUGGACGUGAGCUCGCUAGCGCCAAAGCUACGAGGCUAACAGCACAAUAUAGUAACCCUAAAAAAACCACCAAUGGUGUCCCACAAGGUUUUCGUGGCAAUAAUCUUAUUGUAUGUAUAUAUAGGUGUACAGUCUGUUUUUUACUUUUUCGGCGGCGUCCUUUUAACGUUCUUGUUUGCUAUGGCAUAUUUAAAUGGACCCAGGCUGCUGGACUGGACGAGUUCACCUCCACAUCUUCAAUUUAACAAAUACGUCCUAACGGGGUACCGGCCGAUCUCCUCUGUGCACGACUGCAUCAGGAGCCUGUUUUACCUGCACAAUGAACUCGGAAACAUAUACACUCACGGCAUCCCUUUGGUCUGCUUUCUGGUGCUGCUGCCUCUCAACAUCCCCUGGUCUCAGAUCAGCGUCACGUGGUUGGGCGUGGUGCACUUCCUGGCUUGCCUGUCGCCCCAGCUGGGCUCUGUGCUCUACCACCUCUUCAUGAACCAUGAGGGAGGCGAGCCCGUCUACCACACCCUCCUCAAACUCGACGUGUGUGGAAUCUGCAUGAUCAACACGUUGGGGGCGCUGCCCAUCGUCUACAGCACGCUGCUUUGCUACCCGUUCAUCCGCACCGUGGCCCUGUUGGUCUACAUCCUUCUGUCCAGCCACGCCAUCUACUGCGCCGUCACGGCUCGGAGCAGCGUUCGCAGGCUGCGAUCCUUCGCCUGGCAGGCGGUGUUCCGCUUCUCCUUCUUCCUGCUGCGCUGGGCGGGCGUGGGCGGCGGCAGUCCCACAUCGUUACGCCACUUCCUCACGAUGGAUGCGCUGGCCGUGCUGGGCGGGGUCAUCAACAUCACGCGCAUCCCGGAGCGCUUCCGCCCGGGCCUCUUUGACUACUGGUGCAACAGCCACCAGAUCAUGCAUGUACUGGUGGUAGGCUCCAUCCUGUACCUGCACUGGGGUGUGCUAGACGACCUGCUGUGGAUCAACAGCUACAACUGUCCCUCAGACUGACCCCCGAUGCCUCACAAGGAGCACUUUGCUGUGAGGUCAACGGACCUCUGAGGGGAGGGGGGUGUCUACAGAGGGAAGGGGGAGGGAGGGGAAAUCGGAGAACUGAUGCGGUGAGGUGAGACAAUAUGUUGUUCGUGCAUGUGUUCACCUCGUGCGCUCAAACUCAGAAUGUCCAUAUCUACGUCCAUCUUGGUACUUUGUGCGAAUGCAGGCAAAAGUAUGUCAAGUAACACGCACAAGCAUUUUGACUCUGUCAGUCUCCGUAAACAUGGACGCACAGGUGUAUACGGACACACACUCACACAUACACAGCAAAAUGAAAACGUUUUGAACACUAAAAAGUCUUAACAAAAGGCUCUAGUAAAAGGUAAGUUUCAUGCCUUUACUUAACAAUAGAAGUUUUACCUGAGCAUUAGUCGAUGUGGUUGGUUAAGACAGUCUGUGGUGAGACGAUAUCACAUGCUCAAGUCCUCAGAUGUCACUGUUGCUACCUAUGCAGCACAUCCACAUCUCAACUCAUCGCGCACACACACACAACACACACUCAGACACCCUCGCACCUAUAUUUUUAUACUACAUGUACAUACUGUCAGUGUGUCACAAAGCACUUAUAGAGUCUUCACUGAGUUUUACUGGACUGGUUCUGUCCCCGUUUCCCUGUGUUUUGCCGCUGCCUCUUUCUUUAUGUGUGUCAAACUGAUUCGUCUUCACUGUCACAAGAUGACGAGGAGAUGAAGGCGGGUGAGGGGGUUCAUUCCUGAGCGUGCUGGCACACUUGAGUUUACUUGCUUCAUGUGGCUCGUAUCACACAUUACGAUCAUGUUUCCUUUUCACCUGAGCUCAGUGCCAAUGAAAUUGAGCCAUUUUUUUUAACCUCCCAUUGUAAGGGAGAACGUCGUCACUAUUUCCUUUUAUGGAAGAUGAGGUUGUUUCAUUUUUAAGUUAUAAACUAAUUGCUGAGUUUAACAUUUUGUUCUGUAGAAAAGCCAUUUUAAAAUGACAGAACAAACCUGAACAGACUGAGCUUUACACUGACAUACCACCACGUGUGCAUUAGUGCGUGAUGCACGUGUGGCAGCGAGAUGCACUGAAUGUUAAAGGGUUUCCACUUAACCGUUGCCAACUUUUUAAGAUAUCUUAAAUGUAAUUAUGAGUUCCUAAACAAUUGGACCUUUAGACAAACUACAGAUCAAAAAGACCUGCUUAUUGGCACAAUAUGCACAAAACACUGUAAUGAAACAUAUAUAUAAUAUUUAUUGUGUUGUAUUUAUUUGCUGGUACAGGUAACAUUACGUUUCCGUCAGCUGUCUAAACUGUUUACGUUGUUGCUGUGCAGGAUCACAGGCUGACAGAUCAAGUUAGAGGUCAGAGAAAAUCCCAAGGAUUAGCUCCUCAUAUUCUGCCCACACUCUUCUUUCUCCGGCGAUUUUUGACUUCUCGGUCACUCAGUGAUAAUGUCUCUAGGCUUUGCCAUUCACAUAACAUUCACAAUAAUCAGCAAGAAAAACAACAUUGUUAUGUGACAUUAGAAACCUGUGCAGCACCCUUCUAAAGAUGCUAUUUAUGUCAAAUAUUCUCUGUUUUUAAUGAAAAUGGAUUUACUGUAUUUGGAUGUCUAUUUGUACAUUAACUCUAGAUGUUGAUGAUAUAUAAACGUCAGUCAUUACUGCCGCAGAAUGGUGCACGUUAUUGCCAUUAUUUAUGCUUUCUUAUUUAAAUGCGAUGCUGUUGCUCUGCAGCUGGAUUUGUGUUCUUUGAGUAGCACUUUUUAAAGGUUCGACACUUUGUGUCUUUUUACAGUUGUACACUAAGCUGGCCUCCCUCGCCAAACAGGAAUGAACCCCUGUGCCCUCAUGUCAUGUAUCGGUCUCACCAGUCCUGUGUGAAUGUCCUUGAUUGUGUUGCACACUGUGUUCCUCUGUGGUAUUUCAGUCACUACUCUCGAGUCAAAGUAACGAUUGCUCUGUUCCUUCAUGCUCAACACUAGGCACUCCUUACUUUCUGAAUAACAUUGCACUUGUUUCCCAUGCCAACAGUCGCAGCCGCCCAUUGACUCGUUGCCAAUCCCGUCAGACCCUCUUCACAUGCCAAAUUAGCAGCGCCUGAGGUGUCUGCUUCCUGUGCUAACACUGAAUCAUAGGUGAUGAAGGAUUUCCCACAGUAGUAAUCACGUACACUAGCCUCAGACUGCGUCCCCCCCACCCCUCUCUUUUCCUCCACACAGAGUCAGAUACUUAUGUCUGCCAGCCUCACCCUGACGGUUAUUAACAACAAUUAACAUUAACAAUGAUGACUGUGGUACAAUGUAAAAGUUAAAACUAAUGUAUUAUUGGACAUUGAAUGAAACUGAUAAAAAUGCAUGGAAGCAGGUAUAAAACAGGCACCGAUGUCUCCUAGUGUUAGCUAAUCGUUUGUUCAUCGUAGCCAUCCACAGACCACGUCACUCACUCCUAAAAAUGACCGUGUGGGUAGUGUGUGUGUGUGUGUGUGGGAGUGUGUGGGAGGGGGGGGUUGAAUGGAUCAGAUCAUAGAGACGUCACUAUCAAAGAAACUGCACUGCUCAUCGUUCUCAAAAGGGCUUUGGAUUAAAGUAAAUUACAAUUCUGAAACGGAUUUAAAGUCCAUAUAAAUAGUGUAAAUACAUGUAUGUAGAUCAUAUAUACAUGCAGUGCAAAUGAUAUACAGAUUAAUUUUUGAUAGCUACACAAUAUGUUAUGGGAAUAAAAUAUAGCAUCAGAAGAAAUGGGAUUCAUGGUUUGCCACAUAGAAGCUGCUGAGAGGGACGCGGCUCGGAGCGGUGCUUCAGAUUAAUAUCAAAGACGUGUGUUUAGCUGCGUCCGUAUGUACGUGAACAACACAGAAGGGGAAACAAAUACUGGAAUUGGUUUCAGUGCUAAUGUAGGGUUGUUUGACCUUUUGUGACCCUAACUAAGAAUGCUUUUGAUCAUUUAAAUGUAACCACUUUUUCUACACGCGUGGGAAAGACGGAUUUGAGUCUUGGCGGGCAUGUGAAUACCUCGUGACUACCACUGGUCUCUCUAUGCAUUAUCGGCCGAAGGAUAUGCAACAGUGAAGUCAAUAUGUGUUCGUUGAAUCAGCUCUCUGAUCCGCUGUCACGGAGGGCUUCGCUCCAACAUCCUGGGUCUCCCACUUCUCAGGGUGCCAUAACAGUAGCUGUAACAUCCAAGGCCUGACCUCUGCAGUCUGGAACAUGGCUGUGAGACUUUCAUCCACCUCCACCGGCCCUCUUUGUCCAGUCUGUUUAUGCUAUGAACUGGGUCACAGACUGGACAGAAGGGAGGCAAAAGGUGGAAAGGGAGUAUUUCUCUCAAAACCAUGUUACAUGAGUAGAACCUGGCCAGAAAUAUUGGUCCUCGUCCUUUUUGUCUGUAUGUAAAAUUUAAAAAAAAAAAUGACAUGCUGUAUGAACACUAACGAAACAAAAUUCAUUUUUUAAUACAACACAGGUGCCGGAUAGCCUGUUAAUGACCUGUUUAUAAUGGACUACCUGUAUUGUUAUAUACUGAUUAUUCUGAUUACUGUUAUUCUGUGGAUCCUAACGAUGACACUGGUCUAUGUGUACAGAUAACGAGACAAGCCCUUCCCUUUAGGAUGAAGGGAGCUUUCUGGAGGGUCUGUCUGUUAUCAUCUCUUCAUAUCUGCAACUUCGUGGCUUUUUAAAACUGACAACGGAGUAAGUGUGGCUCCAUCUGGUGGAGGUUCAUAUGCACUGAUGCAGGCAUUACUGUAGCCUCACUGCAGGCAAAGGAAAACAACUGACAGUUUGUAAUACUGUCUGCGCUGGUUUGCAGUCAUUCCCCUGGGUUGUUUAUUUAUAUUUCCAGACCAUGUAUGUUCACGUGUGUGUCUAUGAGCUCUCCAGCAGAACCCAUGCAAGCAUGAAAUCUGUAUGUUGUCAGAUUUGCUUUCUCCCUUUGCACUGAUGGGGAGCUGACUGCGUCCCCAGAGAGUGCCUCAUUAUCCAGUCUGUGCUUGCAAAUUAAUGUGCACGAACGCAGACACACAGUUUGUUCUGUGCUGUAGUUCACGCAUCUGUCCAACAUCAGUGUCCUGUGUAACAGACAGGCUCUCACACUCCUCUGUCUCCAGCAACGAUUGUGCAAUAAACUGAAGUCUAUAUUUUUAAAACUGCCUAUAGACCAUCUCUUUCAUCCAUGUUACUGUUAUUUAGAGGGGUGUGUGUGUGUGUUUGUUUGCUUUUGUAUUU